AUUUAGUUCCUCCUUGAGUCGUCUUACUUAUCAUUCUCCGUGCUUACUUUCGUAGUUAUUGUCGGAUGAUGAAUGUGGACCGUUUUUUUACAAUUUUGUUGUUAAUUUGGAUCAGGUGCUAUUUAGUACCUUCUAUUUACCAAUGAUUGAGGUUACUGAACAUUUUUACAGCUGAAAAGGAACAAAUUUAAUGAUAAGUUCAACGCUCUCAUCUUAGCCGUUUCAUCCCGGAGGCGAGUGAGUGCUUACUGAUGCUUGGUGGACGUACUUAGCAUAUCCUUAGCAUCGGUUAUAAACGCCUUAAUUUGGCCUAGCUUGAAUUCCGUAUUUCUUUAUUUAAGUAAACAAUAUAAACGUUUUUAGAGUUAAAAUGGCGAUGACUGUUAAUAAGUCAUUAACUCUUUUGAUUGGCGUAUAUACAUUAUUUAUCACGGUUAAAUAUUGUUCUUGUGAAGAGGAAAAACCUUAUUGUACCUUUUUUAACAACCGAGCACCAACCGAACAACCGAACCUUUCAAAUUGCACUUGGUACAAGGAUCAAUGCUGUUGCCGAAAUCCAGAGCUAAUCUCCAUAUUCAAAAAAGUAAAGCCACUGAAAGGGGCCACCAAGGAAUGCCAACAAUACCUCAAUUAUCUAAUGUGUUACAUCUGUGCCCCGAAUCAGCAUUUGUUUUAUAACCAGCAGCGACUCACGGUGUGUGAGGAGUUUUGUAAUGGUAUGCGGAACAGUUGCAGUGAUGCAAUCUUAAAAGGGUCAAAAAUCGGAAUAUUAUAUACGACUGGGAGGGAUUUUUGUGAGAGCCGGAGGUUUGAAGUGAAACCGGUAUCAACCGGAAAAUGCUUCACGUAUGAUCAGUUGGAAGACGACACCAAGGCGAGUGAUGCAGAGGCAAGAUUCCUGUGGGAUUUAAGAUUUGGAGUAAUUACAGUUUUGUUUGCACAUGUCGCCAAAACAUUCUUCUGAAAGUAUAUCAUUUGGUACCAUUUAAUACUGUAAUUUGGUAUAAAGUCCAUAGAAGCAAUGUGCAAUAGUUUAUACAGUAUUAUCUUGGUUUCUCGGGUAUAUAAUCCUUCAAAGUGGCAUAUGUGGAAAUCUUGAAAUGUGGGGGGAGGGGAGGGUUGAAGGUGAGGGGGGUCUCCAUCACAAAAUAGAUGAUGAAUAAGGUGAUAUGAGGUUAUUUUUAUCUACUUGAGCGAAAUGUUUUGCUUCGGACAUUUUCAUUGGGCGGACGAUAUUGGGGCUUGGCCGUGCGCAUCCUUAUAUGCAACUGCAUUAACAAAAAAAUGGGUCAAUAAUAGAGGUGGGCUUAUUCAAAACCAUCCUUUUACUUUCUUCUGUAACGUUAAGCUGUGCUACUUAUUUAAAUCAUGUACUUUUGAUUAUUAUAUAAUAAUAAUAAUCACGUAAUAAUAUAAUAAUAGUAGUAACGAUAAUAAUAAUAAUGAGUCUACGGAUUAUUAAAUGAUGUUGAUAUAUAACAGGGUUUCCAUGUUGGGAGAAUAUACAUUAAUAACACAUUGGGCAGUAUUUUGCCGCACAUAAACCAUGAGCAAAUAAAUUCAGGGAACGUCUGCAAGUGUACAGCCCAAAUAACCACAUCCAACUAAUAAUAAAAUAGUAAUUUUUUAAGGAUAAUUAUAGAAUUAAUAUAUUAUGAUAUUAAUAAUAAAACAGACUGUUUACAUGCUGUGUGAUAUUGGAAUCCAUUUCCUAUUACUAAUUUGACUGCAUGAAAUAUAAUACUUAGUAAUUUCAAAUGCAGUGCAGUAAUCAAUAAUGGCCACUUGAAAUUGUGAAUGCAUCAAGACUGUAUUAAACCAAGACAGCUUGCAAA